AUGUCUGUUUUCACCUUUGAUCCUGACCCACCUCGGGUCGCGUCUCCAUGGCUCCGCUCGGCGGAUUCUGACAAGCCCUCGGCGCCGGCUCCAUCAGAGGCACCAAAGGGACCCGUCGGUUUUGGGCUGCUCUCCGAUUACGGCGUCACCAAGCUGGAACCGGAGCCGCAGGAUGGGCCGACCGAAUACAAGCUUCACUUGCUACUGAGACCACGGAGGAGGUAUGAGCGAGUCAGCACGGCGGCCCGAAUCUGCGGGUCGACCCAGUCACGGCCGCCUCCCGACGCUAAGACGUCGGGACCGGCCGUGGCCAGCCCCGGAUCGUCCACCACUUCGACUCAGACGCGCCAGGAUCGUCUCGAGCACCUUACUACCCAGCUCCUGUGGCGGUUGCAGCAAUCUUGCCCCUACCACGCCGGCGCUGCCUCUCCUGGCCUCGUCAUCCCCCAGCUGCCCGACGAGAGCGCUGCGCUCGAUGCGCCUGUCAAGCUUGGCAAGCUGCUGCCUGGGCUGGAGUCGUCGAGAGGAGCGCUCUAUGAGAUUGGCGUAGCUGACGAUGGAACGCUUGCGGGCUUGACCAAGGACGAGAUGGACGAGAGUCUCGCCACUCUCCGCAUCAUGGCUGCUAGCCUGGGCUGCAACGUGGAAGUGCUGCGGAUGUUGGUCGUCGGAGAAUGCGAGUGGAUCGAGACGAGGAGCUCCGAAGACUCUGCGGGUUCGGAAUCCGAGGAGGUUUGGCGCCGGGCGAAGUUAUGGGUUGGCGAGGCUUUGGUCACGCCUGACUUACGGCCAAGGGAGGACACCCAGUCACCACCGAGGAGCUCGCCGGGCACGGCCCGGCAGACCGAGGCCCUGCCAGACCCAAAACAGGGCCCGCUCACCGCAAACCAGUUGCGUGUUACGCUCACUGGCCCUACGACAUCCGGAAAGUCAACUCUACUGGGCACGCUCUCGACGGGAACCCUGGACAAUGGCCGUGGCAAAGGCCGUCUUGGCCUGCUCAAACACCUCCACGAGGUUGCGUCUGGCGUCACGUCGUCCGUCACUCAAGAACUCGUCGGCUACAACGGCGACGAGAUCAUCAACUAUGCUCACAGUGCGGUCGAGUCUUGGAUUGACAUUCAUGACUUCACCAAGGAUGGCCGGCUAGUUUAUCUGCUGGAUUCUGCGGGCCACCCGCGCUAUCGAAGGACCAUCCUCCGUGGUAUUGUCGGCUGGGCACCCCAUUGGACUUUGCUGUGCAUAUCUGCCGAGGGCGCCGAGUUCACUACGAGUCCGGGUGCCGCAUCCACCCCCUCGGACGUGUUAGCGUCGUCUGUUGGCGCGAGUCUCGACCUGGCAUCCGCCCAUUUAGAUCUAUGCCUCCGACUUGGUCUUCCCCUGGCCGUGGUGAUCACGAAGCUGGACCUGGCCAGCAAGUCGAGCCUAUCUAGCACUCUCACGAAGAUUCUUUCCCGCGUCAAAAAGGCCGGCCGGGUGCCCAAGAUGGUGAAAGGCGGCUCAAGUAACCAAUCCGACCACGCUCCCGUACGCAAGCCUGACAAGGAGGCCAUCAAGGACGUUGUGGACUGCAUGCAGGCGAGAGGCGACCCAUUUUCUGUCGUCCCGAUCUUGCUCACUAGCUCUGUCGAUGGGCGCGGCAUUGGUGCACUCCACGCGCUGCUCCAACACCUUCCACUGCCUGCAAUCCCCACCUCUCAUGACUACAUCGGCGCAGCACUCAACCCCGAGCAACCAGCUUGCUUAUUCCACAUCGAAGACAAGUUCAGCCUCCCCGCGUCCUACGCGCUGGCCACAAGUGAUGCCGACCAACAAACCGACGUCGGCACCGUCGUUGCGGGCUACCUGCGCUUCGGAAGUCUCUCGAUCGGCGACAAGGUGGUGGUGGGCCCCUUCCCAGCUGAUGAAGAUGACUCUCCCGGAACGACCCCUGACGAACGUCCAGGAGGUGUUUCCAACAGCUACGGCCUCUCGAUCUCCCACCCUUCCUCAGCGGAACUCAGUCGCGUCGCGUCGCGAAACGCAGUCGCUGCCUCAGCCACCAGCGGCGAGUGGCAUACCGCCUCCAUCGUCAGCAUCCGCAACCUGCGCCUGCCCGUGCAGACCCUGACCGCGGGCCAGGUCGGGUCCAUCGGGAUAGUAUUUGACCCGCCGCCGGCACGCAAGCAGGCGGGUGCUGCCAACGGCACCCACGGCGGGACAUCAGCUGGAACGGGCCAUCCGUCGUCGGCGACCACCACUCCCCGCCUGCGCAAAGGCAUGGUCUUGGCCGUGCCUAGCCAGCACAUGGUCUUGUCUGGCUUGUCCUUGCAGGCUGCCAGCGGACUGACGGCGGUGUUUGACGCGGAGAACCAGGGGGCAGCCUCGCUGACGGUGGGAAGCCUGGUCAAUGCCUACGUGGCGAGCGUCCGCUCUGCCGCGCGUGUGUUGCGGGUGUCGAGGGUGAAGGAGUCGGAGAACGGAGCAGAUGGCAGCGCGGGGGCGGACGACAUCGACGAUAUGUUUGACCUCGCCGAGGAAAUGGAUGUGGGCAGUAUCCAGGCGCAGGAUGCGGUCGUGUCUGGGUGCGUGGAGGUACAAUUGGAGCUGCUGUCCACCAGGGAGUGGAUCGAACUGGGGUCGCGCAUCUUGGUUCUCGAGGGAGGGAGAAAAGACAGGUCUGGAUUGGAGGGUUAUGUGGGAAAGGUUGUUGAAAUUGUAGAAUGA